AUGUCAUUUUUCCUAUCUCUCUUCCGCAAUCCAGGUGUGCUUGGCGCUCUGAAUGCCACCACUUUCUUAGGUCUUGGUGGAAGUACAUAUCUGUUACGGUCACAUAUGAUCGAGCUUUCGGAAGACCACGAAGCAAGAAUGGACGAACUCGAAGGCACCCUUCGUGGCCACAUCGGUCUGAUAGAAGAAGCACUUGACAGACUCGAGGGGAAAGCAACAGAAGCAGACCGAGGGAAGAAGAUGAACGAGUACUAUGGGAAGCGAGCAAGAGACGAGAGAACCAAAUAG